GCCCCGGGGACAUGGUGCGGGAAUGGCCCGCGCCGCAGACACCUUCCUGCUGCACCGCCUCGUGUGGCACAACCGGCACCAGGCGCUGGACAGUGCGCUGCGCUCCGGCACGCACGACGUGGAGUUGACGGACCCCCGAGGGCGGACCCCGCUGGAGCUGGCCGUGUCCCUGGGCCACCUGGAGUCGGUGCGGGUGCUGCUGCGGCACAACGCCAACGUGGGCCGGGAGAACGCCAAUGGCUGGACAGUGCUGCAAGAGGCAGUGAGCACGGGGGACCCCGAGAUAGUGCAGCUGGUGCUCCAGUACCGUGACUACCAGCGGGCAACGCGGCGACUUGCUGGCAUCCCCGAGCUGCUCAGCAAGCUGCGCCGGGCCUCUGACUUCUACGUGGAGAUGAAGUGGGAAUUUACCAGCUGGGUGCCUCUGGUGUCCAAGGUGUGCCCCAGUGACGUGUACCGCGUCUGGAAGCGGGGUGAGAGCCUGCGGGUCGACACCACACUGCUGGGCUUUGAGCACAUGACGUGGCAGCGGGGCCGCCGCAGCUACAUCUUCAAGGGAGAAGAGGAGGGAGCGGUGGUGAUGGAGGUGGACCACGACAAGCAGGUGGUGUACACUGAGACGCUGGCCCUGGCCCUGCACGAGCCUGACCUGCUGCUGGCGGCCAUGCAGCCCUCGGAGGAGCACGUGGCUGGGCGGCUGACGUCGCCCAUCGUCUCCACGCACCUGGACACCAGGAACAUUGCCUUUGAGCGGAACAAAUCAGGGAUCUGGGGAUGGCGCUCAGAGAAGAUGGAGGUGGUCAGCGGCUAUGAGGCCAAGGUGCCACUGGCAGGGUGUACAGCGCCAGCAAUGUGGAGCUGGUCACCAAGACGAGGACGGAGCACCUCUCAGACCAGGACAAGUCCCGCACUAAAGGCUCCCGCACCCCCUUCCACUCCUUCCUGGGCCUGGCACAGCAGCACAGCACCCACAAUGGGGCACCCGCACCCCCAGCCGCCAGCCCCACCAAUCCCACGGCCAUCACCCUCGAGGAGUACUUUGACCCACACUUCGACCUGGAGGCACGCAACAUCGGGCGCCCCAUUGAGGUGUCCAGCAAGGUUCAAGGCUACGCUGUGGCUCUGCGAGCAGCACCCGCUGUCGCUGGCCGAGCAGGUGACUCCCAUCAUCGACCUGAUGGCCAUCUCCAACGCGCACUUUGCCAAGCUGCGUGACUUCAUCACCCUCAAGCUGCCCCCUGGCUUCCCCGUCAAGAUUGAGAUCCCCCUGUUCCAUGUCCUCAACGCCCGCAUCACCUUCAGCAACCUCUGUGGCUGUGACCAACCGCUAGGCUCCGUACGGGUCUGCAACCCCACUCAGCCCCCCGGUGCCAGGGCGGCUGGGCCUGGAGGAUGGCCGUUCCCGUGCGAGGUGGAGCCGGCGGUGUUCGAGGUGCCGCCGGGAUACACGGUGCUGGGCGCGGGGCGCAGCGAGCCGCCGCGGGACGAAGACGACGACCUCCUGCAGUUCGCCAUCCAGCAGAGCCUGCUGGACGCCGGCACCGAGAGCGAGCAGGUGACCGUGUGGGAGGCGCUGACCAACGCCCGCCCGGGGCCGCGCCCGCCGCCCUACGACGAGGAGCUGCAGCUGGAGCGGGCGCUCCAGGAGAGUCUGCUGCUGCAAGCGGGGCCCGGCCCGGCCGACGGCGAGACCGCCCCCAACCCCGGCUACGGCGGCUUCGCGGAGCAGCUGCGCUUGGCCAUGGCUCUGUCGGAGCGCGAGCAGGAGGAGCGCGAGCGGCGGCGGCGGGAGGAGGACGAGGAGCUGCAGCGCAUCCUGCGCCUCUCGCUCACCGACAAGUAGCGGCCCGGAACGGGGGAGCGGCGCCCGGCGCUCCCGGAGCUGAGCUGCCCCCCCGUCCCCCGCCUCGCCCCAGGGGAGGCGGCUCCCGUCGGAUGUACAUGGACAUAUACAGAGCUUUAUCGACA